AUGCCUCGCAUCAGCGGUGAAUCUCUACUUCAUGUGCAAAAUAGAUUGGUGCUUGAUGUGUUACUUUAUGACAGAUUGUCCAUGAUGGAAGAGCAUAAAAGACUAAAGAAUUCCUUGACUUAUGAGCAGAGAAAUGCUUACGAAAACAUCGUUUCAGCAGUUUCGGCCGAUGCAGGGGGUUUGUUUUUUCUUUACGGUUUUGGUGGAACGGGAAAAACAUUUAUCUGGAAUACCCUGUCCACUUUUUUUAGAUCAAAUGGUGAAAUUAUACUUAAUGUUGCUUCUAGCGGAAUUGCUUCUCUUUUGCUUCCUAGAGGACGAACUGGACAUUCUAGAUUUCGUAUUCCCAUUCAAAUCACUGAAGAUUCAACCUGUAAUAUCACUCAAAAUUCUCCUAUUGCCGAGUUGCUGGCAAAAACAAAGUUAAUUAUUUGGGACGAAGCCCCAAUGGUACACCGAUUAUGUUUUGAGGCCCUGGACAAAACACUGAGAGAUAUUCUUAGAUUUUCUGAUAGUAGAUGUGUUGAUAAGCCAUUUGGUGGAAAAGUCAUUGUUCUGGGAGGUGACUUUCGGCAAAUAUUACCCGUAAUUCCUCGUGGCAGCAGACAACAAAUAGUCAAUGCAACAAUUAAUUAUUCUCAUCUUUGGUCCCAUUGUCAUUUGUUGACUUUGACUAAGAACAUGCAACUUACUACUGGAAAUGGGAUUAAAAAUUAUGCGGAAAUAAAGGAUUUUUCCAACUGGCUCCUAAAUAUAGGAGAUGGUGAUCUUGGAGAUAAUAUUGAUGGAGAAUCUAUGAUAACAAUUCCAGAUGUUGCUAUGAUAAACGAGCUUUUAAUGUCUUUGAUUCCUGGUGAAGAAAAGACAUAUUUCAGUUUAGAUAAUGUCUUGAAACAAGAUAAUAAUUCUCAAAUUGAAGAUGACGAGUUCUCACCUGAAAUUUUAAAUACCUUCUCCUGUUCCGGAAUUCCUGAUCAUAAAUUAAUUUUGAAGGUUAAUGUGCUGGUUAUGCUAUUGAGAAAUAUUGAUCAGUCAAGAGGUUUAUGCAACGGCACAAGAUUGCUUAUUUCAAGAUUAGGCAACCGUGUUGUUGAAGGAACUGUUCUUACCGAAAGCAAUAUCGGGGAAACUGUGUUAAUCCCUAGAAUGACGAUGAGCCCUUCAAGUCAUUCAUUUCCAGUACAUUUCCAAAGAAGACAAUUCCCACUGGUUGUUUCAUUUGCCAUGAGUAUCGACAAGAGCCAAGGACAAUCUCUUUCGCAUGUGGGCAUUUAUCUCUUUAGGCCCGUCUUUACUCAUGGGCAAUUAUAUGUGGCACAUUCACGAGUAAAGAGCAAACAAGGAUUGAAGAUAUUGAUACUUGAUGAUAAUGGUUGUGUUACAAAUCGUACCUUUAACAUCGUCUACAAGGAAGUAUUUCAAAGAUUAAUGUAG